GCGGAAGCGCGGCCCUGCCGGCUGACCCCGGGAGCGGCCCCGGAGCGGCCCCGCGCGCGGAGCCCGGUGAGAACGGGGCGGCCGCGCUGCUCCCGCGGGGCUGCAGCGGCCCCGCGCCCCGGCCCGGCCCGGCCGUUACCCCGCGCCGUUGGACACGCGGCCCUGGCACCGCGCGGGGCCCGCUAAGGAGCGGUAGGCGGCUGCCGGCGGGUCCCUCGGGAAGGGAGAAGCUGACCCGGAUCCCGCCCCUCGGUCACUCCUCUGCAGGUCGCCCGCCCGCGCCGCACACUUGUCCCCCAUGGCCGCGUGGUCCCGGGAGGCGGUGCUGACUCUGUACCGAGCUCUGCUGCGCCGCGGCCGCGGCCUGCGCUACACCGACCGGGAUUUCUACCUCGCCUCCAUCCGCCGCGAGUUCCGCCGGAACCAGGGGCUGCAGCGGCUGGAGGACAAGGAAAGGCAGCUGGAGAAGGGACAGGCUUUCCUGCAGAGCAGGCUCGGGGGCCUGGUUUAG